AUGACAAAAACAAAUAGAAAAGUGCAAUAUUUGGCGGGUUUGUGUGUAUCAUUGGCGUUCACGUUUACUGGUGCUGUAAAUACUUGGGCUUCACCUGCAAUUCCAAAGUUCAAAAAUGGCGAUGCGAACAUUGUUAUUUCAGAUGCACAAACAUCGUGGGCAGUAUCGGUAUCGGCCUUGGGGUCAUUGCCCGGAUGUUACUUUGGCCGGGAGCUGAGCGAGCGUGUAGGACGUCGAAAAACCAUAAUCCUGGCCGCUGUUCCAGGAUUUGUAGGUGCGUUGACCAUUCUAUUCACAAAAUCCCCAUUGCUGAUGUGUUUUGCAAGGAUUCUGAUGGGCAUUGCAAAUGGUAUCACAGCAGUUGUGACAAUGAUUUAUUUGACAGAAAUAGCUGAUAAAGAAAUUAGAGGAGCUCUGGGAAUGUUGGUACAGGUUAUGAAUAAUUUGGGAAGUUUGGUCAUUUAUGGUAUAGGGCCGUUCGUGCCAUACACUGUUUUGAACUCGAUAGUACUUUUCAUAUCUGCGUUCUUCGCCCUAUUAUGUAUUUGGGUACCGGAAUCACCUUACUACCAUUUGGCGAGAGGAAACGUAGCUGCCGCAAAGAAAUCAUUUCUGUUUCUGAAAGGUUCCAAUGACAGUAAGUGGGCUGACGAACAAAUGGAUAUUAUGAGGGUGCAUGUUCAAGAGAGUAUGGAGAAUAGAAGCACUCUCAGAGAAUUGAUCAGUAACAUGAAGUAUAGGAGAGCUAUCUACAUAAUCGCUGGUUUAAAAGUCUUGCAGUAUAUGACCGGUAGUUUGGCUAUACAAUCAUAUUUGGAGGUGAUAUUCCGUCAGAGCAGUUCUAUAUCCGGGCCGUACGCUAGUAUUGUUUAUGGCUUUGUCCAACUUGGUGCAGGUAUCGGCGCUACAUUCCUGGCUGGCUAUUUCGGCAGACGGAUUCUCAUGCUAUUAUCGAGCCUCGGUGUUGCCAUGUCUCUAACGUUGGUCGGUGUAUACUUUUUCUUACAAGACUCUGUAGUCGUCAGCAAGGAGGUUUUAUCAUCUAUAUCUUCGUUGCCGUUAAUCGGUGUGCUGGGUUUUAAUAUUUUGUAUGCAGCCGGUUUAGGAAACUUGCCAUAUAUAAUGCAAGCGGAGUUAUUCCCUAUGAACGUAAAGACGAUUGCUUCUAGUAUGGCGACCAUGCUUGCUUGUGUGUUAGCGUUUUCCGUGACUAAGUCCUAUCAAGGUAUUAAGGAUGUUUUUGGUCACUACACUGUGUUUUGGUCGUUCGCCGCCGUAGCUGGUUUUGGAGUGUUCUUCAUAUAUUUCUUUGUUCCCGAAACUAAGGGAAAAACAUUAGAGGAAGUCCAAGAUAACAUGCAAGAGGCUGCGGUUGAAAUAGAAAGACUAAACAAGACCGCGACUGCCCUUGCCGGCGAUCCGCCUUGGGAUCUCGUGGCGUCGGUUCGAGCCGAGUUGUUCUCCUAUGUCUCGGGUAGGAGGGCACUCGGCGAGAACCCUUCGUCGGAGGAGAUCCGAGCGGUUCGUCGGCAGGGGGAGGAGCGCCUUAUGCGGGAGUGGGGGGAGGACCUGGCGGAGCAGCCGUACGGUAGACGUACAACGGCAGCGCUUCGCCCGGUCCUAGAGCGUUGGAUGAGGCGGAAACGCAAACCCCUCACUUUCCGUCUGACGCAGGUCUUAACCGGGCACGGGUGCUUUGGUUACUACCUGUGUCGGACGGCCAGGAGAGAGCCGGGAGAAGGCUGCCAUGAGUGCGGCGCUGCGGUGGACUCGGCCCAGCACACCCUCGAGGUGUGCCCGAGAUGGGCUGCGCAGCGCCAAGACCUUGUGGCGGCUCUCGGCGGAGUGGACCUGUCGCUUUCGAGUGUCGUGGAGAAGAUGCUCGAGAGUGAUGGGUCCUGGUUGGCGGUGUCCUCCUUCUGUGAGACGGUCAUGUCCACGAAGGAGGCAUCUCAGCGGGAAAGGGAGAGGGCGGCUGAUGCUCCCUCCCCCCGCAGGCGACGUACGGGGGUGCGACGGAGGCAAUUCCUACGCCUCCAAUAG